AGAGAGAGAUUUAUGAUUAUAUACUUUGAUUUUGGAAUAAAAAGGCAAGUCUUGAUAGGAUUUCCAUAUUUAUUAGAAAGUAUUCGACCUGCAGAGAUAAUUGCACGCGUUCAACAUGAAAUCAAGUCACAUGAUGUAAAAGUUAGAAGUAAAGCAGAACCAAAAUACUCAGUACUAUAUAAUAUAUCAUUUCACUACUAUAUAAGCUAUAAAAUAUUAGAUUUUACACUUUCAUUAUGUGCUGUGUGUCAUUUAGGGUUAAUAUCCAGUGGUUUACCAGGACAGAGGGUUUAUAGACUAAUAUUCACCAUCAUUAGUGAGUUAGUUAUUAGUAAACACAUCUGUAACACAUCUGGAUGGGAAAUUAAUCAAGCAUAGAGCUCUUAGCCAGGAUUGAGGGGAGACGAUCACUCAAAGACAUCGAUCAGCACAUUUUUCCUGUAAAUGGUGGUCCAGCUCAAGGUGAUGUCAUCGAGUUUCACGGAGUAGAAGGGAGUGGUAAGACUGAGAUGUUGUACCACAUCCUGAGCCGCUGCAUCCUCCCCACAUGCAGCGGAGGCCUGGAGGUGGAGGUCGUCUUCAUAGACACAGACUACCACUUCGACAUGCUGCGUUUGGUGAGCAUCCUGGAGAACCGUCUGACCUCGUCAGCACCAGAGAGCGAGAUGGAGGAGGUGGUCCGUUCCAGCCUGCGUCGCCUCUCCGUGCUCCACUGCUCCAGCUCCAUCCAGCUCCUCCUCACGCUACACUAUCUGGAGGGAAUUCUGUGCAGCCGGCCCGCCCUCUGCCUGCUCGUCAUAGACAGCAUCUCCGCCUUCUAUUGGAUAGACCGCGCCAACGGGGGUGACAGCUUGGCUCGGCAGGAAGCCAACCUGAGGAAGUGCACCGAGAUCCUGGACAGGCUCAGGAGAGACUACGGGGUUGUCGUUGUUGCCACCACUCAUGCGGUUAUGAGGAAUUAUUCAUCUAGCUCAACAGCGUCUGGAUCAUCAGAGCCAAGCGGAUCCACUCCUUCAUGGAAAUGCAGCUCGGACUUCGACAAGCAGUAUCUUUGCCGAGCGUGGCAGAAGAUACUCACACACAGACUUCUGUUCUCAAAAAGUGACCAGAGUAGUGUAUCUGAGGACCACAAACAGCUUUUCUCAGUGGCAUGUAACACUGUAAGGACUAAAGGUGUUCAUCGGUGUGUGUUUUAUGUCACAGAAGCAGGCGUUCGGUUUAGUGAGUGAGCAGAACAACACACAUCUGUGCACAUCUGUGAUUAAAUUCUUCGAAUCGGAUGUUUCAGGGCACAAAAUAACAGGAAGUGGUCAGGGUCUACAGUUUUGGGUUUUUCUGCUGUCUGAUCUCUGAAAGAAGUAAACAUUUAUAACAUGGAAAACAAGAUAAUCAGCAGGCUAAGGUUUAUAAGUAGUAGCGAUGCUUUACCGAUCAGAGGACUCAACUCGUCUCAUCAGACAUUUUUUAUUUUCCUAUAUUAAAUGUAUUAACUAUUGAUUUUCUUGUCUUUUUUCUUAAAAGUUAUUUUGCUGACAACACUGGAUUUUAAUAAAGAAACUGGAAAUAA